AUGUUCGGAGGUGUAAUCAGGUCGGAUGACCUCACUGUCGAGGACAAGAUGCUUGGUCAGCGGGAGAACAUCACACAUCAUCACACGUGUUUGUUUGAAGGCGCCACUGAUGAAUGUGUUCUUCGUGUGUCGGCAGCUUGGCAGGCGAGGGCGGGGAAGGGACGGUGUACAGGGGGGUGUGGCGAAGUCAAGAUGGAAAUAUUUCCGUGGCUGUCAAGACGUACAAACCCAACGAGGAGCUUGACCGCGAGGUAGUACGGCUACAGAGCAUGUGUGCGUAGCCAUCAUGACGGCCACGUGUGCAUGUCUGCGUCACGGUGUGCAGUCACAGUUCAUGGAGGUGCUGGAGGAGGCCAUGCCGAUGCUCCCCCUUCGCCACCCCAACAUAGUGCGGCUGCUGGGCGUCUCCCAGCAGACACGGCAAAUACCGCCUCGUUAUCGUCACGGGUGACCAUCCUUCGCUUCAUUCAGCUCCCUGUCGGUACGUCGUUUGUUCUUCUCAGAGUUGUGUACGGGCGGCUCUCUGGCCUCCUAUUUGGCAAAAUAUGGAGCCCCACCGCCGGAGCUGCGAGACAGAUUCAUGAGAGAGGUGCAUGAAGCGCACAGAAGGAGUGUCGUCUGUGUCUCCAUCUAUAAGUGUGUGCAAUGGAUCUCAGAUAUGUGCAGGUGUCCAGUACUUGCAUGAUCAGAAGAUCGUGCACCGCGACUUGAAACCCGAAAACAUACUGGUCUCAACACAUCACUCUUGCCAUUUACUCUUGCAUUACUAGGAUCAACACGCGUGUGUUCGCCCGUAUUUGUCAGCUGACGGAGGGUCUCGUCAUCAAAAUAUCGGAUUUCGGGAUAAGCCGGGGCGCCGAGAGAAAAACCACUGUGACCUCAGGUAUCUGCAGAAAACAAAAGGGUGCGAACGAGACACACAUGCUUUCGCGCUGCAGCUCUUGGAACCGCCCAGUAUAUGCCUCCCGAGGGCAUCGAAACGACUUGUAAGUAUACCGAGAUAAGAUUAUAUACUUACAUUGAUAUGAAUCACUGUGUCUGGUGCAUUCAUAGUGGGCAAACUGACGACGAAAGCUGACAUUUGGGCUGUUGGCGGCAUCGCAAUUGAGCUACACGGAGGUAAGAGACAAGAAACAGCACAGCUGCAACACGAGACGGCAAUUUGGUGCAGGCCGACCGCCUUUCGAGGGCCUGGGGCAGAUACCGAUCGGCCGCAAAGUCGUCGACAAAAAGGAGGCGAGAUAUUUUCACAUCUGCUUGUCGGACUGAUUCGGCCCGAACAUGCCUGCAUCCGCUUUGUUUCGAUUAGAUCCCUGACAUCCCGCAAUCCCUGCCCUCGCAUGUCAAGAACGCCAUCAAGGCACGCCUAACAAAAACCACAGCAUUCCGUGCUCUUACUGUCUCUCCAUGGUGAUCAGAGUUGUUUCGCCUUCAAAGCGGCCAAUCGGCCAACAGCCACACAGGUCGUAUGAGCUUUCAUCAAGGGUGAGAAAGCGCUGGGGCUCACAUACUCGGUGUGUGUACAUGGUAGUUUCUCGAUCAACUGGGGCUGUCUCCUUCGAUGUCAAGCGGACAGCCGACGGAUACGACUGAGGAACCGCCGAAGAGCCCAUGGGAAUGGCUAUUUGGCGGAAAACCAAAGCGACAAGGUCCGUCUACACGUCUUCAAUUGCAAGUCGCCAACAUAGGGGGUUUACGCUAAUGAGCUUCUUUCGGCCUACAGAUGCUCUUUCGCUUCCUGCGGCUCGUGGCUCCACCGGCAAUGUGUCUCCCGCCGGCCAUUCACCGGCCGUCCACAUGAGCAUGUCCAACACCGUGACCGGGCCGCCCAGCACUGCGUCUCCCGCUCAGUCGGCCAUUGAGGGAAAGGUGAGUGAGACGGGCAGGUAGGCUUUCCAUCCCACAUGUACCUGCACAAUCACAUGACGUGUUGGAGUGUGGUGGUGUGCAUCUGGCAGUUGGGGUCUACUACGUCCACCACGGCUCCUCCACCUCGCUACUACGUCCCUCCCUCCACCACAUACCCGCCCGGUAGCUACGUCCCUCCCUCCACCACAUACCCGCCCGGUAAUCACAGGAAGGGGGCAGGAGGGAGGGAAGAUCAGCAGAGAUCUGACGGCAUCUGUGGACACACAGGCGGGAAAGCAUGUCGGGAAGCCAGCUACGAUUGCCAACUGUGUCAACUGUGUGUGUAUGGUGUCCUUCCUCAGUUGAUCCGUCGUCUGCAGGUUUCAGCUACGGCACGUACCCGUCACCGUACGGCAUGCCGCUUGGUCCGUACGGGUACCCGGCUGGUUCGUAUACCCAUGGGUACCCGGCUGGUCCGUAUGGCUACCCGGCCUACCCGCCCCAUCUCGUGCAGACCAAUAUCUUUGACGCAGCCAAGGUCGGUGAUGUGCAGUCCGUCACUUUGCUGAUCGCACAAAAUGAAAAGUGCCUCGACACAAGAGACAACGACGGGGUGAUGCAUUGAGAAGACGACACAGGUGGAAUCAGUGGUCUGUGUUUUUCAUUCCUGCAGAACACGCCCUUCCACGACGCUGCGGCUUAUGGUCACGUCGGUGUGCUGAUGGCGAUGCACGCCAAGAACGGCAAGCCGCUGCUGGAUCAAAAGGAUAACGUGAGACAGGCAUACCUUGCAACACAUGGCGGAUUCUCGAACACAUGGUCAUUUGUGUGCAGAAGGGCGACUAUGCCAUUCACUGGGCAGCUGACAAAGGUCAUGUUGAUGUGGUGAACUUGUUGGUGGAGCUAGGCGGCCGCGAAGAACUCGACAAGCGCGAUGAAGUGCGAAGAACAGCUAGAAUUGACCACUGUGUCGCUCGUGGCUGUAGCGAGCCACCCUGCUGGUUUUGUAGAACAACUGCACACCCUUCCACCUCGCUGCGUUUUGUGGUCACGUGGAUGUGCUGAAGGCGAUCCACGCUAAGGGAGGCAAGCUGGACCAACAGACCAAGGUGCAUUGACAGACCGGCAGUUUACUGGAUUCUUGCGUGUCUGUAUGCAUUUGUGUGCAGAGUGGAGAGUACCCAUUCACUUGGCAGCUUGGAAAGGCCACGUUGAAGCCGUCAAGCUGUUGGUGUCCUUGGGGGGCGUUCAGAUGCUCAGCAAGAAAGCAAAUGACGUGAGCAAGAAGAGGGCACUCGUCGCUUGUGUCUCAUCUGUUCAUCACGUGUGUGUGUCUUAUGCAGGGCAGGACUCCGCUGGACGUGGCGCAGAGUGACGAGAUGCGCAAACUGCUCAACAGCUACACAUAG